AUGGGGGGUGGUAAUUUCGUGGACGGGUUUCGUCGCUUGUUUCAUCGUCGUUCAUCAACACUUGGUACUAGUAAUUCAGUUGUCGAUCAUAAUGCCAAAGGUUAUUUGACAAGUUUACACGAACGAGAAGAGGGGCUUGUCAUUACUGAAGACUUCGAUUUUUCUGGUCUCAAGCCUAUCAAAGUCCCUAAUAGAUUUAAUUUUCCUGUUUCCACUUCUUCUUCUUCCAUGGAUCCAAUCAAAAAGAGUGCACUAGAAAAGGAAUUUUUCACGGAGUACGGGGAGGCAAACAGAUAUGAGAUUCAAGAAGUUGUAGGCAAAGGGAGUUACGGUGUUGUGGGGUCCGCAAUUGAUACUCAUAGUGGAGAAAGGGUUGCAAUCAAGAAGAUCAAUGAUGUCUUUGACCAUGUCUCUGAUGCCACACGAAUUCUUAGAGAAAUCAAACUCCUUCGGCUUCUUCAUCACCCCGAUAUUGUGCAAAUAAAGCACAUUAUGCUUCCACCUUCUCGAAGAGAAUUCAGAGAUAUCUAUGUCAUUUUUGAAUUAAUGGAAUCUGACUUUCAUCAAGUAAUUAAGGCUAAUGAUGAUCUAUCACCUGAGCAUUAUCAAUUUUUCCUCUACCAGCUUCUGCGAGGAUUAAAAUAUAUUCACGCAGCUAAUGUGUUUCACCGGGAUUUGAAGCCCAAAAACAUACUUGCUAAUGCCGACUGUAAGUUGAAGAUUUGUGAUUUUGGUCUUGCCCGAGUGUCAUUUAAUGAUGCUCCAUCAGCAAUUUUUUGGACUGACUAUGUUGCAACCCGAUGGUAUCGUGCUCCUGAGCUAUGCGGCUCCUUUUUCUCUAAAUAUACCCCUGCUAUUGAUAUUUGGAGCAUCGGAUGCAUAUAUGCGGAGAUGCUUACUGGAAAACCAUUGUUUCCUGGUAAAAAUGUGGUGCACCAAUUAGAUCUAAUGACGGAUUUCCUUGGUACUCCUCCCUCUGAAUCAAUUGCAAAGAUCAGAAAUGAGAAGGCAAGAAGAUAUCUCAGCAGUAUGCGGAAAAAACAGCCCGUUCCAUUCACACAGAAGUUCCCAAAUGUCGAUCCUUUGGCUCUUCGCUUGCUGGAACGCCUGCUUGCUUUUGAUCCUAAGGAUAGACCAUCUGCAGAAGAGGCAUUAGCUGAUCCUUACUUUCAUGGAUUAGCAAAUGUGGAUCGUGAGCCAACCAGUCAACCCAUAUCAAAGCUUGAGUUUGAGUUUGAGAAGAAAAAAUUGACAAAAGAUGAUGUUAGAGAGUUGAUUUAUCGAGAGAUUUUAGAGUAUCACCCUCAGAUGCUUGAGGAGUAUCUUCGAGAUGGAGAUCAGACUAGUGGCUUUAUGUACCCAAGUGGCGUUGAUCGAUUCAAGCGACAGUUUGCACAUCUCGAGGAGCAUCAUGGUAAAGGCGGAAGAAACACUCCGCUCCAAAGGCAGCAUGCUUCAUUGCCUAGAGAACGAGUCCCUGUGGUCAAGGAUGAAACAGCCGUUCAAGAUAAUGAUUUUGAAAAACGAACUUCAGCGUCUGUUGCUUCAACUCUUCAAAGUCCUCCCAACAAAGCUGAGGGAACAGAUAAUUCAAAUACAGAAAGUGGAACAUAUUCUGCUGCUCGUAGCUUGUUGAAGAGUGCUAGUAUCAGUGCAUCUAAAUGUAUUGGCAUUCAAGCAACAAACAAUACAGAGGAAGAUUCAAUUCCAGAGCAGAGCGAAGAGGUCGAUGGGUUGACCCAGAAAAUUGCUGUUCUCCAUACCUGA